AUGGCCACACAAGCCCUUGCCGAUUGGGCUGUCGCCCUCACAUUUACCUCUCUCCCUCCAGAAACCAUCCACGCCGCCAUUCGUAGCUUCUACAAUUGGGCCGGCUGCACCAUCGGCGGCAGCACCCACCCCGCAACCACAAUCGCGCGCACGGCACUCGCCCGCUUCUCUGGCCCGCCUACAUCGCGGCUCCUCGGCGCGCCGGAUGCCCAUGCCGUCGAUGCCAUGAAUGCCGCCCUCCUAAACGGCAUCGCCUCGCACGUCCAUGACUACGAUGACACGCACCUCGACACGAUCAUUCACCCGACCGGCCCCGUCGCCUCUGCACUACUCGCCAUCGCGCAGACCCUGGACCGCCCCAUUUCCGGCUCGGAGUUCCUGACCGCGCUGGUUGUGGGCAUUGAGGCCGAGUGCAAGGUCGGGUUGGCUGUGUGGCCGAGUCACUACGACGUUGGGUGGCACAUCACCGGCACAACAGGCUCCAUCGGGGCCGCCGUUGCCGUUGCCAAGCUUCUCGGCUUGAGCGCGGGCCAAACGGCCCAUGCUAUCGGGAUCGCGGCGACGCAGGUCACCGGGUUACGAGAGAUGUUCGGUUCGCAUACGAAGUCAUUCCACGCGGGACGGGCAGCGCAGAACGGGCUGCUGGCGGCGGUUCUAGCGGAGCAGGAGUAUACGAGUUCAGUGCAGGCGCUGGAGGCGAAGCGCGGGUGGGCGAGUGUGGUAAGUGCGGCGCAUGAUCUGGAGGCGCAGAUGGCGACGCUGGGGGCGGCGGGGCGGUGGGAGAUUGAGCGCAACGCGUUUAAGCCGUUUCCAUGUGGGAUUGUCGUGCAUCCGGUGAUUGAUGGCUUAAACCAAGUGCGGGAGAUUGAGGCGCGGGUGCAUCCAUUGGUGGUGGAGUUGACAGGAAAGACGGCGCCAAAGGAUGGCCUGGAAGGCAAAUUUAGUGUGUAUCACGGCGGGGCAGUUGGGGUGUUGUUUGGGAAGGCCACGCCAGCGCAGUAUGAGGAUGAAGUGGUCGCGGACCCGCGGGUUGUGUCUGUGAGGGAGCGGAUCACAGUGACGGUGGAUACGACGAUUCGUUCCGAUGAAUGCCAUUUGGUUGUGCGAGUGGAUGGAGAGGAGGGAAGAGGAGAGAUGGUUAUCGAAAAGCAUGUAGAUCAUGCUGUGGGGAGUUUGGAGCGGCCGAUGACCGAUGAACAGUUGAAGACGAAGUUCAAAGAUCAAUGUGCCUCUAUUCUAGGUCAAGAACGGACAGAGAAAGCCAGUCAGUGGUGCUGGAGUCUUGACAAGGCUGUUGACAUCAGGCAAAUCAAGGAUAUACUCUAG